ACAUAGGUUUUUAUCAGUUUACAAUUUGAAAUACCGUCAAAAAAAUCAUGAUUCCAAAUUACGUCUUUACAAAAUCGGGCAAUGAAUUCGAAUACAAUGUUGUAAGAAGGAACUAUAAAGUUCAGGACGCUAUCCCUUCGCGCAACAGUUUUCGGUCACUGAAUACGGGACGUAAGAAGUUCAAAGUUAGGAGCAUGGAUGGUGGUCUAAAGCGCUCCAAAUAUCACAAAAAGGAUACAAGGAGUGCUGAAACCUCAACGCAGAUGAACGCCAAGGAUUCAACCGCGCGAAGCGUGAGCUUUCGUCUCGAAGCGGGAAACACUCGGUUCCAGACCCCAAGAGAUCGUAAGACGGAGUCCUCGGUAGAAACAUUAAACAUGCACACAGAUCCCAGUCCCAGUGUUCAUAGCGACCUGCAGGAAUCCUUCACCGACUUCUUUAGCAUUAUCCACGACAAUGUCAUGGAAUCGGUGAAGGCGGCUGUGCAGCAAAUGGUUAGCAAAUGUUUCGAGCAAUCCAUGGCCAAAAUUGAGCGGCUGUCUCAGGAUAUACGUAACCAAGAGGCACUGCUCAACAAAAUCCAUCGUGAUAUAACGAGUAAAAUGGCACUUCAGAGCGAGACCAAUAUGAACCAAUUCAAGUUCGUUACCCAAAUGCUCAUCGACAACCAGACCGUGCACUACAGGGCCCUCAAUCAGGCGAAGCAGAACAAGCAGCGCCGUUUGGAGAAUCGCGAGGUGGAGAAGGAACAAAAACUGGAACGGGAACGAAAGCGUUCCGGAAGCAGCAUUAAGGCCAGAAGUUCCAGCAUGGAUCCUACCAAGAGAUAUGUGGGUGGUGAUAGCAAGUCCCGAGGUCCCCAGCACAAGCUGUUCCAGCAGCAAGAGCCGAUAAUUUAUAAGAUCAAUGAGGAGUUCAAAAGGACAAAAACGCCCAUCCUCCAAAACAAGUCCACAUCGAAUAGUCUGCCGGAUCUCUCUGGAUCUCCGUCAAAAUCUCCAUCCGCGGUCUCCAAGCGCUCGGCGUCUCGUCCUUCCGGCAACAAACACGAUCGGGAAGUAUGUCUCCCAGCCAUGACAUAUCCACCCAGUGCCAUUCCUCGCCGAAGGGAUGUCAAAUAGAAAUAUCAUUUUAAUUUCCAUGCUUGGCACUAAAGUUUUCCGAAACUGGAAAUUCUAUAACAUGGGAAAAUUCAAUGUCCUUGCCAUGUCAUAGAAUUGACAGUUAUGGAAAACUUGAAAAAAUUAUAGAAAAAUGAUUAGGUUCAAAAAAAAUAAUUUUAAUAAAACGGAAUAGGGUUUGUAAAACAUUGAA